CGCAGGAGCGCCCACAGCGCCUGUUGUAUCCGGCCGGCGCCUUUUCUCCGCUCCCCGCCUCCUCCUCCCCGGCCGCCCGUCGCGCCCGCCCAGAGCCGCCGCUGCCUCUGCCGUGCACGGCCUCCCCUCCCUCUCCGCGGUGUGGCCGGCCGGCAACGCCUCCGAUCUCCCCCGUGCGCCCCAUGAAGCGAUGGCAGCGGCCAACUUCGGCAAGAUCCAGAUAGGGAUCUACGUGGAGAUCAAGCGCAGCGAUGGCCGAAUUCACCAAGCUAUGGUAACAUCUCUAAAUGAAGAUAAUGAAAGUGUAACUGUUGAAUGGAUUGAAAAUGGGGAUACUAAAGGGAAAGAGAUUGAUUUAGAGAGCAUAUUUUCACUUAACCCAGAUCUUGCACCUGAUGAAGAUAUUGAGCCUAGCCCAGAGACACUACCACCACCUGCUUCAUCAGCCAAAGUAAACAAAAUUGUGAAGAGUCGACGAACUGUGUUACCUUCUAAGAAUGACCCUCCUGCCAGAGAUAAUAGAGUGGUUGGUUCUGCACGUGCACGACCUACUCAGCUUCCCGAGCAGUCUUCCUCCUCUCAACAGAAUGGUAGUGUUUCAGAUAUAUCUCCAGUUCAAGCUGCAAAAAAGGAAUUUGGACCCCCUUCGCGUAGAAAAUCUAACUGCGUAAAAGAGGUUGAAAAAUUGCAAGAGAAGCGUGAAAAGAGAAGGUUACAGCAGCAGGAACUUAGAGAGAAGAGAGCUCAGGAUGUUGAUGCUACAAACCCAAAUUAUGAAAUUAUGUGCAUGAUAAGAGAUUUCAGGGGAAGUUUGGAUUAUAGACCACUGACAACUGCAGAUCCUAUUGAUGAGCACAGGAUUUGUGUUUGUGUACGAAAACGACCACUCAAUAAAAAAGAAACUUUAAUGAAAGACCUUGAUGUAAUAACAAUUCCUAGUAAAGAUGUUGUGAUGGUACAUGAACCAAAACAAAAGGUGGAUUUAACAAGGUACCUAGAAAACCAAACUUUUCGUUUUGAUUAUGCCUUUGAUGACACGGCUCCUAAUGAAAUGGUUUACAGGUUUACAGCUCGACCAUUAGUGGAGACCAUAUUUGAAAGGGGAAUGGCCACUUGUUUUGCAUAUGGACAAACAGGCAGUGGGAAAACCCAUACUAUGGGUGGCGACUUUUCGGGAAAGAACCAAGAUUGUUCAAAAGGCAUAUAUGCACUAGCAGCUCGAGAUGUCUUUUUAAUGCUAAAGAAGCCAAACUAUAAGAAGUUAGAACUUCAAGUAUAUGCAACAUUUUUUGAGAUCUACAGUGGUAAAGUUUUUGAUUUGUUGAACAGGAAGACAAAAUUAAGAGUGUUAGAAGAUGGUAAACAGCAAGUCCAGGUGGUGGGAUUACAGGAGCGGGAAGUCAAAUGUGUUGAAGAUGUUCUUAAGCUUAUUGAAGUAGGCAACAGUUGCAGGACAUCUGGCCAGACAUCUGCAAAUGCACACUCAUCUCGAAGCCACGCAGUGUUUCAGAUUAUUCUCAGAAGGAAAGGGAAAUUGCAUGGUAAAUUUUCUCUGAUUGAUUUGGCUGGCAAUGAAAGAGGAGCAGAUACUUCAAGUGCAGAUAGGCAGACGCGACUGGAAGGUGCAGAAAUUAACAAGAGCCUUUUAGCACUCAAGGAGUGCAUUAGAGCCUUAGGCCGAAAUAAACCUCAUACACCCUUCAGAGCAAGUAAACUUACUCAGGUGCUAAGAGAUUCAUUCAUUGGAGAAAACUCACGUACCUGUAUGAUUGCUACGAUUUCUCCAGGGAUGGCAUCAUGUGAAAACACUCUAAAUACAUUGAGAUACGCAAAUAGGGUGAAGGAGCUGACGGUUGAUCCCAGUGCUGCAGGAGAUAUCCGUUCCAUUAUACACCAUACUCCCAAUCAGAUGGAUGACUUGGAGACUCAGUGGGGUGUGGGAAGCUCUCCUCAGAGAGAUGAUCUCAAACUGCUUUGUGAACAAAAUGAAGAAGAAGUUUCUCCACAGUUGUUUAGUUUCCAUGAAGCUGUGUCACAAAUGGUAGAAAUGGAAGAGCAAGUAGUAGAAGACCACAGGACUGUCUUCCAGGAAUCCAUUAGAUGGCUGGAAGUUGAAAAACUACUUCUUGAGAUGACAGAAGAAGUAGACUAUGAUGUGGAUUCUUACGCUACCCAACUUGAAGCAAUUCUAGAGCAAAAAAUUGAUAUUCUGACUGAACUUAGAGACAAAGUGAAAUCUUUCCGGGCAGCUCUACAAGAAGAGGAACAGGCCAGUAAACAGAUCAACCCGAAAAGACCACGUGCCCUUUGAAAAGGGCUUCUGCUGCUAAAGGAAUUCAUGAACCUGUACUGCUGUAGCACACAUUUGUUACAAAACCUAGUGACCGAGAGAACUCAUCUACUUGAAAGUGUAAAAUGUUAGCAAUGUUUGUGGAAAUCUCCUGUUUCUUCUUCACCUGAAUGACAUUUUCAGUUUUAUGUGAAAUGCUCCUGAUGUCUACAAAAUGCUUCUAGACCAGACAGCACAACCUGCAGGGUUCAGAUCUGUGAAGCACUUUGUUUUAAAUAUUUCAUUUAUUCAAAUAGUGAAUUGUUUGGAAAUACUUGCCAUAUUUUUAAUAAAGUAAAACUGUGGCCAUUAAAAAGUCACAGCACUUCCUUCUGACCAUGUUCAGUUUAAUGACAAAGACCAGCUGUGCGGUUUAAAAUUGUGGCGUGCAUGCACACCUCACUAGUGGUUUUAUGUAACUUCUCUUCCACAAACAGCUGUGCUUAACUCUUCCCAUUCUGUGCCUUGAUGAAGGCUACUUAACCCUAAAUAUCCUUUUUCUGAAGCACAGCCUUAAAAAAUACAUUCCUUUUUUGUCAAUAUAAAUUACUUUAGUGUGUGUGUGUUUCAAGAAGACUUAUUUUUUGGUGGAUAGUUUCAUUUCACAGGAUGUGCCAUAUCAUUUUAAGAGGAACUGCAGGCUGUUAAGAGUAGACGAACAGCUGGACAUUCCAUUUUUCAUGUGAAAAUCUGGAAUCUUGAUUUAUUUGAAUACCAUUAAAAAUGGUUAUAUAAUUUUAACAUCAUAUCUGAAACAAUUAAAAAAAACCAAAAAAACCAACAAAUCAACAAAAACUCACAAAAAUAUAAACUAGUUGAUGUAUAUUAAAGGGUAAUGUUUUAAGUACUGAGGAGAGUUGUAUCUUAGGAUAAUGCAGAUAAUAUGAUAUGUGGUAUGGUGUGAUAAUGCUAUGUAUGGAUAAGUUAACUAUCAAACUUUGGGGAUAAAUAUGUCCAUACUGGCCUUUCACAUACUGUUUUAAAAACUUGGAUUUUGAUGCAUGACAAAGUUACAUGUACAUUAACCGUAGUUUGCAGGUAGCUUGAGUAGUUCUGUUGCUUUAAGAAGUAGCUAAUACCUGUUUUUCCCUUUGUACAGUGCCAGCAGCUAAAAAGUGGGGUGAAAUUGCAUCAUUUGACGAUUUUGCACAAUACCUCUACCUAGCGCUAAUAGAAAUCCCACAAAUACCUGAAUUCUCACAAAUGGCGCCAUGUGUAUCAGCACUUUUUAGGUGGUGGCACUCAAGUUAUUUUUGCAAGUCAGUAUGCAAAAAAGAUUGACCUUUCAUGUAAGAACCGUAGAAUCUCUCUAGGAGUUCUCCCUCUUUCCAGGAGUAUUGUAUCAGCAGACUUUCCCUUGGAAAUGUUUAAAAACUACUUUUGGAAUACAAGCCGGUUUGUUUGUGCCAGGCGUGGGGGGGGGGAAUAAAGGGAAGGCAAUGAAAAGAGAGUUAAAUGAGCCAGAACUUCUUGUAGUGUUUAAUGUUUGUAUCUCCCAUAGAAAGGUAGGCUAUGGGAAGCUCUUGUCGCAUCAUGGUUAAAAAUAAAAAACCCUCUUGUGUGUAAACAUGAAAGCUGAAACAAUGUAGAUUUUACAUAAUGUGUUUAAUAAAUUAAGCUAUUCAAUGAA